GAAUUCACAACCCGGGAGCCACAAGCCAACAAAGCUAAUUUCCAAAUUCCACCAAAAGGCUUAAGGCUUCCGCCCCUCCGCCGUCUCUUCUUCCUCCUCCUAUCCCUUCACCCAUGGCCAUUGCCUUUUCCAACUCCGAUUCUCUUUCCGCUUUUCUCAUCAAAGAUCAUCACUAUCACCACCACCAUCAUUCUUCCUUCUCCGUUUUGUUCCCUUAUCUGCUCUUCUUCCUUUUGUUUUCAUCUCCUCCCACCGCUUACGCAUUCACUGGAGAUGUAGCCGAGGAUUCAAAGAACAGAAGGGCUGAUUUGUUUGUGCAAAUUCUUAAGGACGAAGCGGUAGGAAGAUUGAACGAACUAGGGAAGAUAAACCUGAUGAACACCAGAAGUUGAGUUCUAAUCCAACUAGAAACUGUUCGAUGGUGAGUGAUGCUGCUCGAUAUCUUGAGAGAACGUUCUUGAGUCCAGCUUCUAUCAAAGCAAGCUUUCUUCUUCAAAAAUGGAUGGAGGAUGCUGGAUUAAGAACGUGGGUCGACUGCAUGGGCAAUCUACAUGGUCGAACUGAGGGAAGGAAUGCAAGUGCUGAAGCAUUACUGAUUGGUUCUCAUUUGGAUACCGUUGUUGAUGCUGGAAAAUUUGAUGGUGCAUUAGGCAUCAUUUCUGCUAUCUCUGCUUUAAAAGUUCUUAAUAUGAAUGGGAAGUUAGAGGAACUAAAGAGGCCAAUUGAGGUAAUUGCUUUCAGUGAUGAGGAAGGCGUGAGGUUUCAAUCAACAUUCUUAGGAAGUGCUGCUAUUGCUGGUAUUUUACCAGUUUCAUCUUUGGAAAUAUCAGAUAAAAGUGGCAUUACUAUAAAAGAUGUAAUUAAGGAGAGUGGAGUACAGAUAACAGAGGAGAACUUGUUGCAACUCAAGUAUGACCGCAAAUCUGUUUGGGGAUAUGUUGAGGUUCAUAUUGAACAAGGUCCCGUACUUGAGUGGUCUGGUUUUCCUCUGGGGGUGGUUAGAGGCAUAGCUGGGCAGACACGGCUAAAGGUUACAGUGAGAGGUUCUCAGGGGCAUGCCGGAACGGUUCCAAUGCCUAUGCGCCAAGAUCCCAUGGCAGCUUCAGCUGAAUUGAUCGUACAAUUGGAAAAACUCUGUAAGCAACCAGAGAGCUACUUAUCAUUUGAUGGGCAUUGCACUGAUUCUACAUUGAAAUCACUUUCCACAUCCCUUGUGUGUACGGUUGGAGAGAUAUCAACAUGGCCAAGUGCAAGCAAUGUCAUUCCAGGCCAGGUGACCUUCACUGUAGAUUUACGUACUAUCGAUGACAUAGGACGAGAAGCUGUAAUUUAUGAAUUCUCUAACCAGGUACAUAAUAUAUGCAGCAGCCGGUCAGUUUCGUGCAAUAUCGAACGUAAGCAUGAUGCAAAUGCCAUAAUUAGCAAUUCGGAGCUGAGCUCGCAACUGAAAUCUGCUGCUUCAACUGCACUCAAAAAGAUGGUAGGCGAGAUUCAGGAGGAAGUACCUGUAUUAAUGAGUGGAGCCGGGCACGAUGCAAUGGCAAUGUCUCAUUUGACAAAGGUUGGAAUGUUGUUCGUCCGUUGUCGUGGAGGCGUGAGUCACUCCCCUGCCGAGCAUGUACUGGAUGACGACAUUUGGGCUGCGGGUUUGGCUGUCUUGGAAUUUCUAGAAAACCAUCUGUAAUAUUUGUACCCGUUUUGUUCCUUGUACGCAAAAAUCUAGUUAGUAACUUUAGUAUAAGUGCUACAUGUUAAUUCAAUUGUACAAUCCAUCUUCGUAGACUUGCCUAUUCCUCCACUUCAUCGAACCCAAAACUAAUAAACUUUAUGAUGCUAUAUGUAAAUUCAAUUUUUACAACCCAUUUUCGUGGGUUGUAUUCAAA